GUGGCCGGGGCAGUCGCGCGGCCUGCGUAGAGUGAAACUGCGGCCCGUGGUGCUGUCUCACCCGCAGAGAAGCCAGCGAAUCCUGCGCCCUGUCGAACCUGCAGUCAUCGGCCUCCCGCCACCAUGGAGUAUCUUAUCGGCAUACAGGGCCCUGACUAUGUCCUUGUCGCCUCCGACCGAGUGGCCGCUAGCAAUAUUGUCCAGAUGAAGGACGGUAAGAGGAGGCAGGAGAGGCCCGGCCGGGCCUAGGUGGAGGGGCAUCCGGGAGGAAGUUCGCGGGGCGUUGGGUGAAUACCAGAUCAUGACAAGAUGUUUAAGAUGAGUGAAAAAAUCUUACUCCUAUGUGUUGGAGAGGCUGGAGACACUGUACAGUUUGCAGAAUAUAUCCAGAAAAAUGUGCAACUUUAUAAGAUGCGAAAUGGUUAUGAAUUGUCUCCCACCGCAGCAGCUAAUUUCACACGCCGAAACCUGGCUGACUGUCUUCGGAGUCGGACCCCAUAUCAUGUCAACCUCCUCCUGGCUGGCUACGAUGAGCAUGAGGGUCCAGCACUCUACUACAUGGACUACCUGGCAGCCUUGGCCAAGGCCCCUUUCGCAGCCCAUGGCUAUGGUGCCUUCCUGACUCUCAGUAUCCUGGACCGAUACUACACACCAACUAUCUCACGUGAGAGGGCGGUGGAGCUUCUUAGGAAAUGUCUCGAGGAGCUCCAGAAACGCUUCAUCCUGAAUCUGCCAACCUUCAGUGUUCGAAUCAUUGACAAAAAUGGCAUCCAUGACCUGGACAACAUUUCCUUCCCUAAACAGGGCUCCUAACAUCAUGCCCUCUCUCCCACUUGCCAAGGAACUUUUUCUGAUGGGCUCCUUUAUUUUUUUUCUACUCUUUUGAUGUGCACUCUUGAUAGGUGAUUAAUUCAGAAUAAAGCUGAAUAUGGAUAAAUUGAGCUCUCUGGUU